AUGGAACCCAUCUCUCCCCCACCAACCCUCACCCACCUCUUCACCCUCCGCUGCGCCGUCGCCCCGCCCCUGGAAAUCGGCCACGGGCCAUACGGCCGCCGCCGAAUCCUCUCGGGGACGGUCAGGGGCAAAUACCUGAACGGGGAGGUCGUCCCGGGAGGAGCGGAUUUCAUGUUGGUGGAAGAAGACCAGACGACGCACGUGAAUACGAAUUACGUGAUUAAGAGUGAGGAUGGGGCAUAUAUAUACAUCCGGACGGAGGGAACGCGGUCUGGUCCGCCCGAGGUGCUGCGUGCGCUGAUGGAAGGCGAUGGGGUCGAUCCCGACUCGUACUGGUUCCACUUGCACAUCAAGCUGGAGACGGGCCAUGAGAAGUACAGGUGGAUGAACAAUAGGGUGAUUGUGGGCAGGGCGACGCGGGCAAAGGGCGAGGUUGCGUAUGAUGCGUAUUUUCUCGAGAAUGCUUCCUGA